AAGGAAUCUUCUCAAAAAAGCGUAAGGAAUAUUUGCUAUGCGCUCGCUCUCAGAGUCUCAGUCUCGCCUAUAAAUAGAAACGGCUCCACACAUCAGCAAGAUCACCUAUCUUGAUUACUCAUCAAGAAAUUCUACAUGUCAAUUAAACUCAACUCCCAUAUUGUAUCAAGUUUAGAAAUAUAAAAACACAUAAUAAUGGUGAUUGUUCUUAAGUAUUCCUUGAACAUCAUGAAGUUCAUAAGUAUCUCCGGGGGACUGGAAGAUGAUAGAGAAGACAAGCAAAUAUACCAAGAACAUCCCAACAACGACGAAUAUGAUGAUAACCACGAUAUCUCUGAUAAUGGCGAGGAAUAUGACGAUGAUGAUGAUGAUGAUGGUUUUGAAAGCGAUGGUGACAUUGACGACGAUAGGAGUUGCAUUACCCAGGUAGAUGAUUAUUAUUAUGAUGAUGAUGACGGUUCUGAAAGAGAUGGUGACAUUGAUCAUGAUGAUGGGAGUUGCACUAGCUAUGCUGCUUUAAGUGAAAAUGAUGAAGGCCUUGAUCAACUCUUGGAGGUAACAUUAUUGGAGAGUUGGAGGCAAUAAUAUUAAACAGUUGAUGAUACGGACGUUGUUAACCAGGUGGCUCAUCUACUCGUUCAGGAGUUUUCCAAUUUUAGAAGUUGGGCUACUUUUACGAAUCCCCAUCAACUUCCUAAUCGUGUACUUGGUGCUUAUUUACUAGAGCUGAAGGGUCUUCCAACCAUACUAUCCAGUUAAUUCUUCUGCUCAUUUAUCUAGUUGUCUUACAUCUUGUUCUAGCUUUAAUUGCUUUUAUUUUUCACUGUUAUUUUGUCAUUAUUUAUUGGGUCAGGUCUAACCCCCUUCCAAUAAAUGCAUUCACUUAUUUGCUCUGUUUUUUGAAGAAAAAUGCCUCUUCUUGAGGGGUAUUGGUUUGUGUCCCCUAGCUCUCUCCGUGUAUCAUGUCUUUAUUUUAAUAAAACAUGGCAAAUAAUUCCUGACAUUUGCCCCACCGACUAAGGUAGUUUGUCCACCAGCUUCAAGAAAAUGAUAAUGAUGAAGGUGAUGAAAGUGAUGAAGACUAAAGUACAAAUUGGGGGCAAUAAUAAUUAGGAGUAACAGUUACUUGAAACACUACUCUAUAGUGGUGCUCGUCGAAGUUGGGUUACUCAAGGGUUAAUUAGGUGCAAUUGCUUCAAUUGGGAAUUCAAGAAGGUUUAUUUUAUAUUGUUUGUUUGUUGUGGUUUAUGUUUGUUGGAUCUUAAUUGCGUGUUUCUUUGGGGAUAAACGAAAAUUGAGUAUGGGGAGAAAUCAACGAUGUCAUCUUUUCUACUUCGUAUAUGUUUAGG